AUAAGAAUCAACAUGAACGUUGGUCGAGUUUCGCAAGUGGAAUACGCUUGCGGAUGGAACUUAUACACGAUGAAAGUCAUUGGGAUUUGGCCGGAGGAAAGAAAGUUCGAUCAAAUCUCGAGCUACAAAGUGUUAAUAGGGAUUGCAUUCAUCAUCUUGUUCUGCACUAUACCUCAAUCAAUAGUAUUAUAUUUCGAUCGGGAUGACUUCGACUUGAUUAUGGAAAACCUAUCUGUGGACAACAUGAAUGGAACGAUCGCAUUCAUAAAGAUGAUAUUCUUCUGGUCUAGCGGAGGACAAAUGAAGGAUCUUCUUUCCGCAAUGGAGGAAGACUGGAAGGAAGUGACGACGAAAGAAGAUGAAAAGAAAAUGAUGAAAUUAGCAAAAUUCAGUCGGAUUUUAGCUACGAGAGCAACCGCUAUUUGUUACGCCCUUAUUGCGGUUUAUGCUGUGAAAAGAUGUCUAUCGAUGCGUACCGACGGUCGUAUUCUAUUUCUCUCGGCAUAUUUUCCAUUCGAGACAAUGACUAGUCCAAUGUUCGAAUUGACGUUCAUCUGUCAAAUAAUUGGUUCGAUAUAUUAUACCACAGCAUAUACAGCUGUAGAUACUUUCAUAGCCAUGUUGAUUCUUCAUGUAUGCGGACAACUUUCGAGGCUACAAAACAAUCUGAUCAAUUUGAAUUCCGAUAUGAAAAAUGAAUUUCAAAUCAAAUUAAGUUACAUUGUUAAAAGGCACAAUUAUUUGAACAGAUUCGUCGACACGAUAGAGGAUCGAUUCAACAUAAUGUUUCUCUUUCAAAUACUCGGCUGUACCCUUCAAUUGUGCAUCGAAUGUUUCCAAGGACUUCUGUUAAUGGCCGAAGAAGUAGAACAAAUGCCGUUAGUAGAGAUCUUUUUCUUUGGUUUCUACAUAUUCUACGUUCUACUUCAACUAUAUCUUUACUGCUACGUCGGUGAAAAACUUUGGUCCGAGAGUACCGAACUUGCUCGUGCCGCAUACGAAUGUAAAUGGUACGAUUUACUACCGAACGAGGCCAGAUCCCUGAUAUUGAUAAUACGUCGAGCACGAAUACCAUUGCGCCUGACAGCUGGCAAAUUUUGUAUUUUCAAUCAUGAACUUUACAGCACCGUUUUAAAGACAUCAAUGGGUUAUCUAUCUGUUUUGCGUGCGACAAUGAUAAAAGAUGAAUAAUAUUUUAGAAAAUAAUUUAAAAAUUAUUAUAAUAUCCUAG